UUUAGCAUCGUCUUUGGCAUUGUGUCCAACAUUGACCUCAACACUCUCGACGCAUUGGCCCGCUCGAGCCGUGUAAUCCACGAUGGCUUGAUCCAAUACCGAGAGAGCCUUAAGUGCGCGACGCUGCGCUGCUCCAACAAUGAUCUGCCGGUCGAUCCAGAACAGACACUGCGAUACCGCGCGAGAGCGGGUUCCUGGAAUUAUGGCAUGGAAGAUGGUCGCAACUCCAACGCGAAGGCAGGCCCCUGCGCUCGCGACCUGGUGACCGAGUGUAGGCGAUGCGCCGACAUCAUUUGCAGGAAUUGUGUUAUCAAGCCCCCUGUUAAUCUUUCGACUGCCCUGCGCGAGCGGCACCGUCGGCUGUGUGUCACUUGCGUCAAGGCUCCCAUUGCGGCGCUCGCAUCGCCGGCAUUGGAUAUAUCUCUGCCUCUCAGCUCCGAGGCUGUACAACGCGCAGUGUGUCAGUGCGACACCGAGGGCGUCUGGCUAUGUCAGCCUUGUGGCAAUGGCAUCGGCAGUGCAGACCACGACUAUAAAGGCAUCUGGCGUUGGCGCACCAAGUACGGUGGCUUCACUGGUAUCGGAGAUGGCGACCGAGGCGUAAUCUGCGGCCGCGAAGAAGCCUGUCUCGCCGCUCGCGAAAAGGAGCAGGAGAUUGACUGCGAUGCCGAGGAUGCCCGGGGUUGCACCCUAGCUCCCCCGGGCCCACAGCAUACCGGCACCCCCCCUGGCAACGGUUCCGGAUUCCCGUUUCCCACCAACGGCACCAUCGAGUCCAUUGUUGAGGAGAUGCGUCAGCAGCGGACGCCGUCGCCGCAGUUGGGACCGGGCUACGAUAGACACGAAAUCGAGGGGAUUGGCGGUAUCGUCAAGCGCAAGCUAGUCCGCAUGGUGCGCGUGGGGGCCUGCGUGCCCGAAUGGGAAGACGAAAAGGGCAGCAGCAGUAAGAUCCUGUCCCGCGAAGUGAACGGCACGGUACGAAGCUGGUGCGGCUGGUGCUGGAGAGUCAUUCCCGGAGACAAAGAC